CUCUGUCUCUCUCUUGCAUGGUCGUUUUCGACUGCACAUCUAGUGCUUCGAUAGGAGGAUUUUUCCUUGACAUUGAAUAAGUCGAAUUUUACGAUUGCUGAGAGUAACCCAUCGUAAAAAUCAUUGAGUUAGAGCGAUUUGUUUGAGAUGGCUUGUUGAGAACACUGUCAAGGCCUGCAUCAUGUGGUGCUGCCGAGGCGCGGAAGAGGAAAGCAAUAGGCCGCCUGCUCAACCGUAUACUGCCCCACCCAGAGGAGGCAAUCCCUAUGGAGGUGAGAGAGGGGAGCCCAAGAGCUCCGACGUCGUCAGAAAUGGAGCUCCACAAAAGGUCUUGCCCAUCGAAACGCCGGCUUUUCCGUUAAACGAACUGAAUAAGUUGACCGGGAACUUCGGUUCAAAAGCCUUGAUCGGGGAAGGUUCUUAUGGUCGAGUGUUCUACGCGAGGUUAAGUACCGGUCAGGAAGCAGCAGUAAAGAAAUUAGAUACCAACACUUCAGAAGAGCCCGACUCGGAUUUCGCAGCGCAGCUGUCGACUGUUUCAAGGCUCCAGAAUGAACAUUUUGUGGAGUUGAUCGGAUACUGCUUAGAGGGGAAUAACAGAAUCUUGGUGCAUCAGUUUGCUACCAAAGGUUCUCUUCACGAUGUCUUACAUGGAAGGAAGGGUGUGCAGGGCGCCGAGCCUGGUCCGGUCCUCACUUGGAAUCAGAGAGUCAAAAUUGCUUAUGGUGCAGCAAAAGGCCUUGAGUAUCUGCACGAAAAGGUUCAGCCUUCCAUUGUUCAUAGGGAUGUCAGAUCCAGCAAUGUGCUGCUAUUCGACGAAUUUGUCGCCAAGAUUGCCGACUUUAACUUGUUGAAUCAGUCUUCGGACACGGCUGCUCGACUGCAUUCGACUAGAGUCUUGGGAACUUUUGGAUACCACGCUCCAGAAUAUGCGAUGACGGGGCAGAUAACGCAGAAAAGCGAUGUUUACAGUUUCGGAGUUGUUCUACUAGAGCUUUUGACAGGAAGAAAGCCUGUAGACCAUACAAUGCCCAAGGGACAGCAGAGUCUUGUAACUUGGGCUACGCCGAGACUGAGUGAAGACAAAGUGAAACAAUGUGUCGACCCGAAGCUUACUGAGGACUACCCACCUAAGGCAAUCGCAAAGCUAGCAGCAGUUGCAGCAUUGUGUGUGCAGUAUGAGGCAGAUUUCCGGCCGAACAUGACAAUCGUCGUCAAGGCGCUGCAGCCGCUGCUUAAUUCUAAACCGGCAGGCCCAGACGCUCAUUUGUAGAAUCUCUAUUUCAAGUUGAAAAUUGCGACUUAGAAUCUCUUUCUUUAUCUCUUUCUUUCUUUUUAACUAUCCUCGGUUCCUUCCGAUGGACUCUCAUCUUCCACAUUUGAAGUCACUGAGGUUCUAAGGCUCCAAGUUAUGCAAUUUCACAUUCCUGAGAACUGCUUUAGGAGUUCAUGGUGGUCGAAGCAAUGAGAUCUGUGUGUCAAGGCCACUUCAACUCACUAAUCUUACUGUCAAGGUGCUAUAUAGAGGCCAAUUAUUCAUCCUCUAAAGUUAGGAUUGGGGAGA